CUCUUUUUUCUGUUUCUUAUUACCUCCUGUUGGUUUCUCUGUUUAUAGGACGAUUACCAUUUAACCCAACCUUCUUCCUCAGAUAUUUCUGGAUAAACAUACCCUUUGCUAAAACACUGUUGAAAGUUUGGCAGGCACUUUAGAUUAAUUAUAUCAGAUAAAAUGUCUUCCCAAAGCAAGAGGAGAGAAAUGGAUGUAAUGAAGUUGAUGAUGAAUGAUUAUGUUGUGGAAACAAUAAAUGAUGUACUCAACGAAUUCAUUGUGGGAUUUCAUGGUCCCAAAGAAAGUCUGUAUGAAGGUGGAGUUUGGAAAAUCCGGGUUGAGCUUCCAGAUGCCUAUCCUUACAAGUCUCCUUCUAUUAGAUUCGUGAAUAAGAUACUUCACCCAAAUGUCGAUGAAACGUCUGGUUCUGUAUGCUUGGAUGUUAUUAACCAGUCGUGGAGUCCAAUGUUCGAUCUUUUAAACAUUUUUGAAGUUUUUCUUCCACAGCUCUUGCUUUAUCCAAACCCAUCACACCCCCUAAACAGGGAUGCAGCAUCAUUGAUGAUGAAAGAUCGAAAACAAUAUGAUCAGAAAGUAAAAGAAUUCUGUGAGCUAUAUGCGAAGAAGGAAAAUAUCAUGAAACCGACAGCUGGCGAGGAGACCGAUGACGAUGAAGAUGUAACCGAAGAGGAAACCUGUUCUAGUGAAGAUGAAAUUGAUGGACGUGCAGGUCCAUAAAAAUGCCUUGGAAGUCCUAAUGAAAACAAAGAUGAAUCCACAUCAUUGCUAUCCGCAGCAUAGAAAGUUAGAAGUGAUAAGUGAUUUUUUAAAACAUUAGGUCCUACAAAAGGACAAUGGACAUAACAACAAUUGGUACAUAAAAUCAGAUACAUUAUUAUUAUUCCUGGUAGAUAAUGUACUGGAAGAUUAUUUUAAUAUAUUUUAUGAGAAAUUUUCUCACCCAUCA